CUCACGGGAGUCAUCGACUGGGCCGAGACAGAGAUUCUUCCAUUCGGCUUGAAUCUCUGGGGCCUGGAGAAUAUUCUAUGCUACAUGGACGCGCACGGCUGGCAUUACCUUGAUAGGCACACCGAAUUGAGGGCGUUGUUCUGGGACACCUUUCAUGGUGCUGUGGCCGACGACGGAACAGUGCUCCGGAAACAGGGCGCCAUUGACCUAGCAAGGCGGAUGGGCACCCUUUUCCACUACGGCUUCACCUGGACCGACAAGAUGCAGCAAGAAGUAGCCCAAGACGAUGGCUCUCGCAUGAGAUACUUGGAUGCGCUC